AUGGCUGCGUAUGUUAACCGUACGAUAUCAAUGAUGGCUGGCGACGGGCCCCACAACGUUGCAAUGCUGAACAAUGGCGCUGUCCGUGUGAACAUGUCUAAUGUGGACUCACCACUGCAGAUAUUUGUGAGAGCCAAGAAGAAGAUCAAUGAUAUAUUUGUUGAGAUUGAUGAUUAUGUCAAGGAUGCUGUCACUUUCAUGCAUGCUGUUACGGGCGAAAAUGGGAUCGCGACCCCACAAGACUUGGCUAACGUGGAAGCAUACGUAUCUAAAGUGCAGGCCAUUCGAGAGGUGCUCAAGCGAGAUCACAUGAAAGUCGCCUUCUUUGGCCGGACAAGUAAUGGCAAGAGUACAGUGAUCAACGCGAUGUUGCACGACAAGAUACUGCCGAGCGGUAUCGGACACACCACCAACUGUUUCCUGCAAGUCGAGGGCUCUGACAACGACGAAGCAUUCUUACGCACCGACGGCUCUGAGGAGAAACUUAAUGUGCAGUCCGUGAGCCAGUUGGGGCACGCGCUGUGCGCGUCCCGGCUGCAGGAGUGCUCGCUGGUGCACGUGUACUGGCCGCGCGAGCUGUGCGCGCUGCUGCGGGACGACGUCGUGCUCGUGGACAGCCCGGGCGUCGACGUCACUCCCAACCUGGACGAGUGGAUCGACAAGUACUGCCUCGAUGCUGAUGUUUUCGUGCUCGUCGCCAACGCAGAGUCCACGCUCAUGGUCACUGAGAAAAACUUCUUCCAUAAAGUAUCAACAAAAAUAUCCCAACCGAACAUAUUCAUACUGAACAACCGAUGGGACGCCUCCGCUUCUGAACCCGAGUACUUGGAUCAAGUCCGCACGCAGCACGCCAACCGUUGCGUGGACUUCCUGUCGCGGGAGCUGCGCGUGUGCUCGCCCAAGGAGGCCGAGGAGAGGAUCUUCUUCAUCUCUGCCAAGGAAGCGCUACUCACUCGCAUGCGAGAGAGGGAGAAACCCGUCUCCUCACCAAUCCUGGCCGAGGGCCAUCAAGUCCGUUACUUCGAAUUCGUUGACUUUGAGCGCAAGUUCGAGGAGUGCAUCAGUAAGUCUGCAGUGCGCACCAAGUUUGCACAACACUCGCGUCGCGGGAAAAACAUCGCUGCUGAAGUCAUGGCCGCUUUGGAAGUGGUGUACAACACGGCCACAGACCAGAAGGCGGCCAAGGUAGAGAAGCAGCGCGUCCUUCACGAGCAACUGUCCGCCAUCGAGGACCAGCUCACCACCAUUACUCGACAGAUGAAGGACAAGAUCAACCGCAUGGUCGAGAGUGUCGAGCACAAGGUGUCCUUGACGUUGAGCCAAGAGAUCCGUCGUCUGUCGGCGCUAGUGGACGAGUACGACACUCCAUUCCGCACAGACCGCGCCCACCUCGACCAAUACAAGCGCGCGCUGCAUCGACACGUCGAGUCCGGGCUCGGCUCGAGGCUCAAGAAGCGACUCUCCGCAGACAUCGGGAAUGAAAUGGAUCAGGCACAGAAAGAAAUGGCUGAACGUAUGUACAACAUCCUACCGAUCCACAAGCGCGCGGCGGCGGCGUCAUACAUCAUCCCUCACCAGCAACCGUUCGAAGUCCUUUACCGCCUCAACUGUGACAACCUUUGCGCAGACUUCACUGAGGACCUAUCCUUCCGCUUCUCGUAUGGUAUCACUGCGCUCAUACAGCGGUUCCAGGGCAAAAACUCGAAUAAAAUCGCGCUUAAGAACCCACCACAGUACACACAGAUCCCGCCCUCGAUAAGUUCAGCUCCGUCGUCAAUGGAAGUAGCGCGCAGCAACGGUCCGUCGUCGCUGGCGAGUCACGUCGGACUGUCGGCGGAGGAGUGGGGACUCGUGUCCAAGUUCGCGCUGGGAGCGCUCACCUCGCAGGGCACCAUGGGGGGCCUGCUGCUGUCUGGCCUGUUGCUGAAGACGGUGGGGUGGCGCGUGGUGGCGGCGACGGGCGCGCUGUACGCGGCGCUGUACGUGUACGAGCGCAUGACGUGGACGGCGCGCGCGCAGCAGCGCGUCUUCAAGCAGCAGUACGUGGCGCACGCCAGCAAGAAGCUGCGUCUCAUCGUCGACCUCACCUCCGCCAACUGCAGCCACCAAGUGCAACAGGAACUAUCAACAAUGUUUGCGCGGCUGUGCCGGCUGAUCGACGAGGCGACGACGGAAAUGGACACGGAGCUGAGCGAGGUGAAGGAAGCUAUCAAGAUGUUGGACACUGCCUCCACCUCCGCCAAGAAGCUGCGCAAUAAAGCCAACUACCUGUCCCACGAGCUCGAACUAUUCGACGAUGCCUUCCUCAAGCACAACUAA